UCACUCGCCGUAGCUCGCUCGCCACUCACACGCACACUGCUCUCACACUCGCACGCGCCACACGCACUCGCUCUCGCUCCCGGCCAUGGUGCGCUGGCAGGCCCUCUCGCUGUGGUGUAGUCAAGGAGCGUAGUGUGUACGAAAUUCGUAUUUACUUUUUUUAUAUCUUAUUCUAUAGUGACCUGAGGUAUAGUGAGUGAAUUCGGUGUGUCGGAAUCUCUCUUAAGUGGUGGUUGUAUAGUGUUUUAUGCUUCCCCGUUCGUGACGCUUGGGCUGAAGUAUGGUGACGCCGGUUGCAUAUAGUGACAAGUUGAGAAGAUAUGCAUUGGUGUCUAAGUGAACUGAAGACCGCUUGUUCUAUAGUGAAUUUUAGGGCGUGAGAAGAUGCCGGAACAGAGUAACGACUACCGCGUGGUGGUGUUCGGGGCAGGAGGCGUCGGCAAGUCCUCCUUGGUCCUGCGCUUCGUCAAGGGCACCUUCAGGGAGUCCUACAUCCCGACCAUCGAAGACACGUACCGCCAAGUGAUCAGCUGCAACAAGAACAUCUGCACGCUGCAGAUCACCGACACGACGGGCUCGCACCAGUUCCCGGCCAUGCAGCGCCUCUCCAUCAGCAAGGGCCACGCCUUCAUCCUCGUCUACUCCAUCACGAGCCGCCAGAGCCUGGAGGAGCUGAGGCCGAUCUGGGAGGUGAUUCGGGAGAUCAAGGGCAACGAAAUGGAGUUCCCGAUCAUGCUGGUGGGGAACAAGUGCGACGAGAGCGACGCCCGGGAGGUGCAGAGCUCGUACGGGGAGGCGCAGGCGAAGGCGUGGAAGUGCAAUUUCAUGGAGACGUCGGCCAAGACCAACCACAACGUAAAGGAGCUGUUCCAGGAGCUCCUCAACAUGGAGAAGAACAGAAAUAUGUCGCUGCAGCUGGACGGCAAGAAAAACAAAUCGCAAAAGGGCACACGCAAGAUUAAAGAGAAGUGUCUCGUGAUGUGAGAAGGCCCGGUCGGGUGCUUCGCGGGGGCAGAGAGUGUGCUGUGGCCUAACUGUGAUGUUCCAAGUUCAGAUUCCACGGACGCUCUACCGCGCACCUCCUCUCUCCCCCUCCGUCGGGCGAUUCACUGUGAACAUUGCUAUAUUUUGGUGUUAAAAAUGUUCCGCGGUGGAGUUCUGUGUAACGUGUGAAGGUCACAGAUCAGUCUAACCAUUAGACGUCAACAUGUCAUAAUAUUCUCAGCACAAUUUACAAGGCAAUACUUUAAGAUAAAUAAUGAAAAAAAAAGUUACUUGACAUAAUAUGUAAUGAUCCGGUUCGAUCACCAAAAAUGGUGAAGUAUGUUAUGUACCUGUUUUGUUUAUACCAAAGAGCAUGGACUAGUCAUACACUGUUAUAUGUGCUUCAUAGGGACCAGUUCCGUUGCACACUUCCCAGGCAUGAUGGACUGUACAGUAAUGGUUCCCUUCCGUUGUUAAGACGGCAUUUAGACUAUACUUUAAAAUCUUUACUAUACUACAAUGGCAACGAUCCUCGACAAACGUGAUUUUGACACUCUUUCGUCCCCCAAUAAAAGAGUUUCGUGAUAGCUAGACGAUAUUAGGAUAGCUACAAAGUCAGGAUAGUUAACGUUGUUUAUACUAUUAUUCAGGUUUCUGUGUGACUGUUCUCCCUUAACACAUUUCCCCCCCAACCCCCCUAGCCUCGAUAGACGAACUCUAGCCACCCCCUGUUCUGACGAGAUGUACCUUCUGAUGGACUUCGGGCGGCAAUCAUCUUGACUUCAGUACCGGUACUGUUUCAGCUUGGUUGGCUUAAGUGCCCGCUGGUUUUUCCAUUUGCGGAGUGUGGAUACUACCUUUUAUCCUGUACAUAAAUGAGACAUAUAUACAUAUACAUCAAUACCUAUAUAAAUAUAUGCACACGACCAUACACACAUAUAUAUAACAUACAUGGAUGUUACACACCGACACACACACACUUAAAUAUGUGUAUAAUUUAGCACUAAUUUUAGAUCUUUUAAUAGUAAUAACACAUUGUAUACAGAGUCAAGUGAUCAAGUGAUUUGUAACCAGAAUCAAACAUGAAGCUAUCCAGAUACAAGUCAACAUCACUGUUGUAUAUAUAGGUGCUCCCUGACACCCGCGCUCGAGACGUAUUUUAUCACGCCGCAGCACCACCGCCGUCGCCCUCCCUUCCGCCUGGCGAAUAGCUCCCUCAACACUAACAGGGCACAUACUCACUCGUUCUGUUAACACCAAGUUUAAAGCGAUGAUUUUUUUUUCUUUUUUUAUUGUUAUUUGGGUUUUGUUUGUUAAUUUGUAGAGAAAGAGGAAGAUAUAUAUGUGUGAAGAAAAAAGGCGAUAAUAGUCAUUUGAAAAAAAAAAAAGUUUAUGUUAGGGGGGCCGGAGCAUUACAAAGCUUCCUGGUAGAGUGAAGUUCUUCCAUUGUGGAUAUCUUUUUCAUGCGAAUGGAUCGUUAUUCAUCUAAUUCCUGAGGUGACUGUCGAUUAACGUUAAAUCCACUCUUAGAACACCGAAUACUUCCAGUGUUAAAUUUCUACAACGACUAACUAGUCCUGUAAUGGCUAACUACUUAUUAGAAAUCACAAGACAGUAACUUGUCUGAUACUCUUAUGAUAAAUCAUAAUAUACGACACUCACAAAAUGUAGGUUAUUCUUUAAAUGACAAGGAAAUC